AUGCCUCGACGUGCUGGCCAGAGCAAUGGCUGCCAUAUGAACCCGGCUUCAAGCAUGUCAGGGUGCAUAGCUUCGGUUAUGACUCUGACUGGUCUCAAAAUUCAACGCAGCGCGAUCCGAAUACGAGAUUUUGCAGAGUCGCUUUUGGCAAAUAUAGCCCAUUCUCAACUUCUCAAGAAGACAAGAGAUGUUCCAAUCGUCUUUGUUGCUCACUCUAUGGGUGGCCUUAUCAUAAAGCAGGAUAUCAACGAAGACUUCCGCCAUGUCUGUAAAGACCUCGCUUUGUGGUCGUUCCACGAAGCUGUUCCCACUGCCGGAUUCUAUAUUGUGGACAAAGAAUCAGCAGUGAUGGACCAAGACGACGAGGAUGUAGAUCCGCUCGACACGAGUAAACUGAACCAAAAACCUCCCAGGUUUCUGUGGCUCAACGGAGCACCUGGUUCAGGGAAGUCAGUUGUCUCUGGUCAUGUCAUUGAGUAUCUGCAAUCAUACAAUCUCGACUGCAGCUACUUCUUCUUCAAGAACGACACCAAAGCCACAGUAACCCAGAUGCUGCUCAGCCUCGCAUACCAGAUGACCGAAUGCAACUUUGAAGCUCGACAGAACUUUUUUUCCAUGAUACAGAACGGCGAUGAAGUCAACACACAGGACCAUACUGGCAUCUGGAAUACUCUCUUUCUUAGACGACUCUUCAAGAUACAAUAUCCUCAACCUCACUUCUGGGUGAUUGAUGCUCUUGACGAAUGCGGCAAGAAGUCGCUGGUCUCCCUGGUGCAGAAGUUCUCCAAGAUAGAACCAUCUGUACCGCUUCGAAUAUUCCUCACAAGCAGACCUGAUUCCCCCGAAGCACCAGUUGAGCAGCUUCUAAACAACGAACGGAUCGAGCGACUUGAGUUACACACUGGCCAGGAAGAAUCGAUGAAGGACAUUGCAGCGUACAUUCGAUCUCGGCCAAGACUUUCACGACUACUCGAUGACAAUAACUCGAGCGAGACAAUUGUGUCAUCCAUACUAGAGAGAUCGCGCGGCAUCUUCCUCUGGGCGUCUCUCAUGGUCGACAGAUUGGACAGUCUUUAUAGUCUCGAGGAUAUGCACAAAGCUAUGGAUCAAGUUCCCUCCGAGAUGAACGGGUUUUAUGGCAAGAUUCUGGAAGGUAUCGCCAACUCUGCAAAUGUGGACAAAGCCAAUUGCAUUUUACGAUGGGUGGUCUGCGCACCAGUACCAAUGAAAAUCGACGAGUUGAAGGAAGCAAUCCGGCUUGACAUCGGCCACACCCUCCUUGCAUCAAUAAGUGGUGACAUAUUUGCAGAGAUUUGUCGUAAUCUUGUUAGGACAGGGCACAAUUCGGAGAUCAACUUCAUGCACCAAACGGUCAGAGAGUACCUCACUUCAGGGGCAUCGAAUCUCUACAUAGAUCACCGGGCUGGCCACGCGGAAAUUGCAGCCAUUUGCUUGAAGUUCCUCAACAGUCAAGCCUUUGCGCGCCAUACAACAAUCAAAAUCUUCGAAAUUAUUCUCCGCUUUCCCCCGUUCAUCACCUCCAUUCAGAAUCUCCAGAGACAUCUGGUCCGGCAACUAGAGCGAAGUCCGCCUUUUGACGGCCAGAUUCAGAUGGUCAACACCUGGGUCGCUGAUCUGACUCGGCUAGUUACAAUCUUUGGACCAACGCUUAUUGAAUGCCCUGAAUCAAUAUACGCAUUCAUACCAGCCCUCUGUCCAACCUCCUCAGUCAUCCACAGGACCUUUGCCGGAGCUUCUUCACAGAAAGUUGUCAGUGGCUCUCACGUUUCGUGGGAUGAGAGACUAUCGUGUGUUUUGUUCCCAUCGGUUGUGAAAUCUGUCGCCUCCAGGGAGCAACAACUAGCUGUAGGCCUAUCAAAUGGGACUAUCAGGCUUCUGAGCACAUUGACUCUCGAGCAUCUGACGACAAUGGAACAUGGCGAAGCUGUUCGUCAACUCGCCUUCGGCAAUAUUACCAAUGUCCUCGCCUCUCUUAGCCCUCGAAAGCUAAUUCUGUGGGACGUACGAUGCAAACGCAUUUGGCAAAAGGAGAUCAAAAGCACAGCGUUCUCCGUCUCGUUCAAUGCCAACGACUCCAAAGUCUUUGUAACGUUGAAAGGGAAUGUCAAGCAGGCAGUCCUUACCUUUUCGACCCGGGACGGAGAGCAGCUUGAUUCGCUCUGCAUUAUCGAAGACAGAUCUGACUCAGACUCCGACGAUCAUCACAAAAGUCUCGACAGAUUUUGCCCAGAGGUUGUCCGCUUCUCCCCCGUUCUCGGCUACGCAGCUGUCACGUAUCGCAGUUCCCACCUGACUCUCUUCGAUCUUAACGAGGAAGACAAGCUCGAGAGAUUAUUUCGCAUAGAGAAGAAGGGCUCCGAAAAGUUACGUCCACCCCAAAUUCUGGAUGUUGUCUUCAACCCCGCAAUAGAAUCUGGCCUGAUGGCCGUCGCAUAUCAAGAUGGGGAUAUCAUUGUGAUUCACUUUGAUGAAGACCAGUGGUACCAGGUCGGCUCGGUCAGUCUGCACUCGCGAGUGCUCGCCAGCUCGCCGGAUGGCAUGAUCCUGGCGGCCGGAGAUACCGAAGGAGGAGUGUCGCUCUUCAACUUCGACUCUCUUCAGUUGUUACAUCGACUUGAACUUCUUGAAGAGACUGUGGUUGGCAUCAUAUUCUCCUCCAACACCCUCAGGCUCUACGAUGUCCGGGGGCGUUCUUGCAAUGUCUGGGAGCCUUCUAUUCUACUUAGGCAGAAUGCGACCGACGAUACGUCCAGCGACCAAGAUGACAUCCCAGACGAAAGCAAUCUUCAAAGAUCUGUAACCAGGCCUUUUGAUGAGGCCAAGUUUGUUACUGUAUUGACACCCAUGGGUGAUGACAAACAUGUUUUAUGUGGUAGAGAAGACGGGUCCGUCUCGAUUCACGAUGUUAAAGACGGACAGAAGAUUGUCGAGUUCAAGCAUCACUCCGCAAGCAUUCGCGUAGUCGAGUGGAACCCGAAGGUCAAUCUCUUGAGAGGUGAAGAACUGUGGCAAAACAAGACUCCCCCGGAACCGUUUUCACCAAGUCAGCUCUCUACAGACAGCAGUCAAUGGAUGCAGCAUCCGACUGACAAGUCUCUUCUACUUCUUUUAGAACAGAGCACUGUACGACCCUUCCGUUGGGAUGAUCUCAGAUCGAAUGCUUCUUUCUCCUCUAUCUCCAUGGUUCUGCCACCAGGUUUCAAGGAUACAACACUGACGAACAAAUGGUUUUCCCGUGUCGAGUUCAACACCAUGGUGCAAGCAUUCCAUUUACAAGCAGAAAACAAGAACACAUUCCUUCUACUCACUAGUAGCAAUAUUCAUACUGCUUCCAAGCAAGUAUCCGUCUCUUGCACCGUCAGCAGUGUUCUCGGGAGCGUGAAGGCUAUUCUGGGGAUCACUCGUUCCGCAGUCAUAUUCUUGAUACGGGGCGGGGAUGAGAUCAUCAUUAUUCAAGGCUUCUUGGACUUUGACAAGAAAGUCGAGUGGCAGUAA